AAGCAGGCUGUCCGUCGGGGGAGGGUGAAUGGAGUGCCGUCGCCGCUCGGCGCCCAUGCCCGCCCUCCGCCUGGCCGCUAAGGUGAUCCCUGCCCGGGCUUCUGAGUCCCGGCCAGAGCCCGGCUCCGCCAGCUAUGGAGGCCGCGCACAAACCCAAGGGCAGGCUGCUCGUCUCUAACGCCUUGGACGCCAAGGACGAGUUGGAGGAGAAACUGGAGAGAUGUUUGAAUGUCAUAUCCCCGAUGAUCAAUGGCGUGUCGGAGAGAGAGGCAAACGACGCACUAAAUGCUCAUGUGUGCAAAGGAGCGCAGCAGCACGAGGAAGUGUGUUUGGGUCUUUUAACGAUGAUUCUGGUGGAGCCUUUGCAAGCACAAAGAUGUUACCGGGAUCUGACGCUGGUGAGCAGAGACGGCAUGAACCUAAUUUUAAUCAAAAUUAACCAGCUCCUCAUGGAAAAGUAUCUGAAGCUUCAGGACACUGUCAGGGCACAGCUGGUGUGGUUGGUGCGAGAGAUAGUGAAGAACGCAGUCCUGGGUGCAGAUGGUGUGUGUAUGACACUCAUGAAGCAGAUAGCUGGAGGGGAUGUGACCCCAAAAAACAUUUGGCUAGCAGAAAGUGUCCUCGAUAUCCUGGUGGAGCAAAGGGAGUGGGUGAUGAAGAGCAACAUGUUGAUUGCCAUGAUCAUCUACACGUACCUGCGCCUGAUCGUGGACCACCAUGGCACCCCGCCGCUCCUGUCCCUCCGGCAGAAGGAGGUGGACUUCUGCAUGACGCUGCUACGGGAGAAGUUUAUGGACUGUACAAUGAUCGGCCGGGAUCUGGUCCGCCUACUUCAGAAUGUUGCCAGGAUCCCCGAGUUUGAGAAGUUAUGGAGGGACCUUCUGCACAGUCCGCAGUCUCUCAACCCCCAGUUCACAGGUAUUCUGCAGCUUUUACAGACCCGGACAUCCCGGAAGUUCUUGGCAUGCCGCUUAACACCCGACAUGGAAACCAAAUUGCUGUUCAUGACCUCCAGGGUCCGGUUUGGACAGCAGAAGCGAUACCAGGACUGGUUCCAGCGGCAGUACCUCUCCACUCCCGACAGCCAGUCGCUGCGCUGUGACCUGAUCCGGUACAUCUGCGGCGUCGUCCAUCCCUCCAACGAGGUGCUCAGCUCUGACAUCCUGCCCCGGUGGGCCAUCAUCGGCUGGCUUCUCACCACGUGCACCUCCAACGUUGCAGCUUCUAACGCCAAGCUUGCCUUGUUCUACGACUGGCUCUUCUUCAACCCAGAAAAGGACAGCAUCAUGAACAUUGAGCCCGCUAUUCUUGUGAUGCAUCAUUCCAUGAAGCCCCAUCCAGCGAUCACUGCCACACUGCUGGAUUUCAUUUGUCGGAUUAUUCCGCACUUCUACCCCCCGCUGGAGUCCCACGUGAGGCAGGGUGUCUUCAAUUCGCUCAAUCACAUCGUGGAAAAGAGAGUCCUAGCGCCCUUGGCUCCCCUGUUUGACAACCCAAAGCUGGACAAAGAGUUGCGGGCAAUGAUCCGGGAGAAGUUCCCUGAGUUCUGCAGCUCACCGUCGCCGCCCGUGGAAGCAGUUAAAAUAGAAGAAUCUGUUACCAUGGAUAUGGAUAACCACGUCACUGACAAGGACCGAGAGGAGAAUUGCUAUGACAACACAGAUGCUGCCUUCAGCGAUGACGAAGAGGAAGUGAACAGUAAAGGGAAGAAGCGUGAAUUCCGAUUUCAUCCAAUUAAAGAAGCUGUUGUGGAGGAGCCUGUCAAUAUCACACCCUACUUGGACCAGCUGGAUGAAGCACUGAGGGAAAAGGUGUUACUCAUUCAGAAAGGACGAGAGGAAGAUAACGACAACUAUCGCACUGACACGGAGAUUCAGUGUGAAAUAAUGCAGGAAAUUGUGGACAUGAUACUGGAGGACGAUUUUGAUACCGAGCUCAUGGUGACGUUGGCUUCUUGCUUAGUCGAAUUGUUCAAGGGACACUUCAGGGGAGAAGUUCUACCUGAGGAGAUCACAGAGGAGUCUCUGGAGGAGUCUGUGGGAAAGCCACUUUAUGUAACCUUCAGGAAUCUGUGCCAAAUGCAAGAGGAUAACAGCAGCUUCUCGUUGCUCCUGGAGCUCCUGUCUGAAUUAUACCAGAAGCAGCCAAAGAUCGGUUACCACCUCCUCUACUACCUACGAGCCAGUAAAGCUGCAGCGGGGAAGAUGAGGCUCUACGAGUCGUUUGCACAGGCCACCCAGCUCGGGGACCUCCACACCUGUCUCAUGAUGGACAUGAAGGCGUGCCAGGAGGACGACAUUCGGCUGCUCUGCUACCUCACCCCAACCAUCUACACAUCGUUUCCCGAUGAGACCCUCCGGAGCAGCGAGCUGCUCAACAUGAUUGUUGCCGUCAUCGACUCUGCACAGCUGCAGGAGUUGGUGUGUCACAUCAUGAUGGGUAAUCUGGUAAUGUUUCGGAAGGAUUCUGUCCUCAACAUCCUGAUACAGAGUCUCGACUGGGAGACAUUUGAGCAAUACUGUACCUGGCAGCUCUUCCUUGCCCACAACAUUCCCCUGGAACUCAUUGUGCCCAUCCUUCAGCACGUCAAGUACAAAGAGCACCCCGAGGCCCUGUCGUGUUUGCUGCUGCAACUCAGGAAGGAGAGGCCCACUGAGGAGAUGGUAAAGAUGGUGAUGAGCCGACCGUGUCACGCUGACGACCACUUCACCACCAGCAUCCUGCGACAAUGGUCCAUGAAGUACGACGACUCGCUGGCUGAGCAGAUCAAAGCUCUCCUCAUUAAGAACAACAGUCUCCCCAGGAAACGGCAGAGCCUGCGGAGUUCUAGCAGCAAGCUCGCACAGCUGACUUUGGAGCAGAUCCUGGAACACUUGGCAAACCUGCGUCUCUGCCUCCUCCCCACCAAGCAGAACUUCUUCACCCAGACGCCGAUUCUCCAGGCUUUACAGCAUGUACAGGCGAGCUGUGACGAGGCACACAAAAUGAAGUUCAGUGACCUGUUCGCCUUGGCCGACGAGUACGAGGACUCUACCAAGCCAUCUCGGAGCCGGCGGAAGGCGGCCGCCUCCAGCCCCCGCAGCCGGAAGAAUGCCUCCCAGCCCAUCGGCAACGAUGAGGACUCCUCAUCCAGCAGCGGCUCGGAGGAGGAGGAUGCAAAACCCAAGCCAAAAAGGAAAAGGAAAUGUUCGUCAGCCGUUGGUUCUGAUAGUGACUGAGUGUGAGAUCACCUACGUGAGAGGCACACAGAGAGAGGAGAGAGGGGUGAGGACCGGUGCCACACACAGUGCCGACUCCACAAUCCAUUCCUCACCGCUGGAGAUUCUUUUAAAAAAAAAAUUCAACCA